GAAAUUAACAAGGUAGCUUUAGGAAAUUGCAAAGAAAAAAUAGUACAAAAAUUGAAUAUUCAUUUACUAAACUUAGUUAAUAUCAAUAUUAGGAUAAUGUUAAUAAGCAAAAACCAUUAUUAGAAUAAUUUGGAAGGAUAACCAUUAUGCAAGGAAAAAUGGCAUGUUACAAGCCAUUUGUAUAAGAAGAUGAAAGGUAAAACAUAACCUUAAGCAAAUAAGCACAAGCCUCAUGCAGGCUAUCAUUCAUUAAUUUCCUCUUUAAAACAACAAACAUAUAUAUAUAUAUAUAUAUAUAAUUGUAUAGAAGUAAAUUAUAUAUAUAUAAGGUGACCUUGAAGAUCUUUUCUCUUGUUAGCUUUGUAAAUAGCCUUGUAUAAUGGGAAAGAGAUCAACCUUAAUGAGCUUCUCAUUGUUGCCAUGGCUACUCUCCAUGGUUGUGAUGGUGGCACGAGCCGAGGAUCCUUACCUAUUCUUUGAAUGGAAGGUUACUUAUGGUACCCUUUCCCCCCUUGGAGUUCCUCAACAGGUCAUUCUUAUAAAUGGACAAUUCCCAGGCCCUAACCUCAACACAACUACCAACAACAACAUUGUUCUUAAUGUGUUUAACCAGCUCGAUGAGCCUCUCCUCUUCCAUUGGAGUGGGAUUCAACAGAGGAAGAAUUCAUGGCAAGAUGGUACACCAGGAACAAUGUGUCCAAUACUACCAGGGACAAACUACACAUACCAUUUCCAAGUGAAGGAUCAAAUUGGUAGUUACUUCUACUACCCAUCAACUGGCUUCAUGAGGGCUGCCGGAGGAUUCGGUGGCCUAAGAGUGAAUAGCCGUCUGUUGAUCCCUGUUCCCUUCGCUGAUCCCGAAGAUGAUUACACUGUCAUGGUAGGAGACUGGUACAAGGACGGCCAUGUUGCCCUUAGGGGACGCCUCAACAGUGGUAAAACUCUUGCUAGGCCUGAUGGUGUUCUUAUGAAUGGCAAACAAGGCAAAGUUGGAGACCCUAAGGAAGAACCUCUCUUCACAAUGAAACCAGGAAAGACAUAUAGGUACCGCAUUUGUAACGUUGGAAUGAAGAAUUCCAUCAACUUUAGGUUUCAAGGUCACCACAUGAAGUUGGUUGAAAUCGAAGGUUCUCACACGGUUCAAAAUGUUUACGACUCUCUUGAUAUUCAUCUUGGUCAAUGUUACUCUGUGCUUGUCACUGCUGAUAAAGAGCCUAACGACUACUACAUGAUCGCUUCCACCAGGUUCACAAAGUACCACCUCCAGGCAACAGGCAUUGUGCGGUACCAAGGAGGAAAAGGAGCACCAUCAACAAUCCUUCCCGAGGCACCUACAAAUUGGGCCUGGUCCUUGAAUCAGUUCCGAUCUUUUAGAUGGAACUUGACUGCUAGUGCAGCUAGGCCUAACCCACAAGGGUCUUACCACUACGGUCAGAUUAACAUAACUAGAACCAUCAAAUUGGUUAAUACCGCAGGCACCAUUGAUGGAAAGCUUCGCUAUGCCAUCAAUGGUCAUUCCCACACUGACUCCGAAACCCCAUUGAAGCUCCUCGAGUACUACCAAAUCCCUGGAAAGGAAUUCAAGUACGAUGUCAUCAAGGACGAACCACCAUCUAACAUCGACACUUUAGACAAGUUCACCACCGGGCCUAAUGUGCUCAAUGGUACCUUCAGAAACUUUAUCGAGAUUAUUUUCGAAAACCAUGAGAAAAGCAUCCAAUCUUGGCACUUGGAUGGUUAUUCCUUCUUCCCUGUCGCGAUUGAGGUCGGAGAAUGGAAACCCGAGAAGAGAAAGAACUACAAUCUAUUGGAUGCGGUGAGUAGGUACGCAAUCCAAGUGUACCCGAAAUCAUGGGCUGCAAUCAUGCUCACAACCGACAAUGCUGGAAUGUGGCAGCUAAGGAAUGAGUCCCCAGAAAGGGCUUACUUGGGACAGCAGAUGUAUAUCAGUGUCUUAUCUCCAGAAAGAUCACUUAGAGAUGAAUACAAUCUCCCUGAUAACUCUUUGGUCUGUGGUGCUGUCAAGUCCAUGCCCAAACCACCACCUUACAGCAUCUGAUCAACUUAUUGUUAAUUGAAUAUUAUAUAAACUAGCAAACAAUUUUUAUGUUUAUUUUUUAUUUUUAUUUUUUAUUUUUCAAAUGUGUUAUUGGGUUAAGUUUAUAUUUUUCAUGAAGUAAUUUAAAAUUUGUGUAUUUAGUAGGGAAAAAGUACAAAGGAGGUGCCAACAAUGGCAUCAAUUGAAUGAGGCAUUCUGUUGUAUCUACUAAUUAGUCUUGGAGAUAUUAUUAUAUCCAAGCAUUGUUAUAGUAUCCAAUCCCAAAAA